AGAUGACUAUGUUUGCAACAUGUCACAAUUUGUUGAUCCUGAUCAAGUCACACUCCAGUCGGCUAACUCAGGUACUCUUUAUCCUCUUUCUAAUCAUUUGUCAUACAAUUCCUUUUCUCCUAAUCAAAAAGCUUAUUUAGCGGCCAUCACCUCCUUAGAUGAGCCAAAAACAUUCACCCAGGCUGUCAAGAGUGAACAUUGGCAAGAAGCUAUGAGGAAGGAAAUAACUGCUCUUGAGCAAAACGAAACUUGGACACUUGAAAGAUUACCUCUGGGCAAGCGGGCCAUAGACUCCAAAUGGGUUUAUAAAAUCAAGUACAAUCAAGAUGGAAUGUUAGUCACAGUUCGGGUUCUACUUGCUGUUGCUUCUAUUAAGCAUUGGGAACUUCACCAGUUAGACGUGAAUAAUUCCUUCUUGCAGGGAGAUUUGCAUGAGGAAGUUUAUAUGAAGAUUCCACAAGGUUUUCUCACCAAAAAUGAGCAUAGAGUCUGCAAAUUACACAAGUCCCUCUAUGGACUUAAACAAGCUUCUCGAAAUUGGUUUGAAAAGCUCACCAAUUCACUACAAGCUGCUGGUUUCAAGCAAUCUUAUGCAGACUAUUCUCUAUUCACACCCACCAAAGGAAAGAGCUUUGUUGCUGUCUUGAUCUAUGUCAAUGACAUAAUUAUCAUCGGAAAUGAUAGUACCAAAAUCAAGGCAUUGAAACAAUACUUGCAUACAAAAUUCUCCAUCAAGGACCUUGGGCCAUUGAAAUAUGUUCUUGGAAUAGAAGUGGCACGCACAAGUGAAGGGAUUGUUUUAAGCCAGAGAAAGUAUGCUCUAGACAUCCUAACAGAGACAGGGAUGAUUGGAGCCAAGCCAAGUCUAUUUCCUAUGGAGCAACACCACAGUUUAGCAAUUGCUUCAAGCCCUCCUGCUUCGGAUCCUUCACAAUACAGGCGAUUAGUGGGCAGACUACUUUACUUAACCAUUACAAGACCAGAUUUGAGUUAUUUAAUUGGUAUAUUGAGUCAAUUCAUGCAAGAACCAAAGCAAGAACAUUUUGAUGCAGCCAUGAGAGUGCUCAGAUAUGUGAAGUCUUCUCCAGAUUGGGCCGGAUGUCCAGCCACAAGACGUUCCACAACCGGAUUCUUCAUUUGCCUUGGGAAUUCCCUUGUUUCAUGGAAAUCGAAGAAACAAGUCACAGUAUCUAGAUCAUCGGCUGAAGCGGAGUACCGCGCAAUGGCUGCCACUGCCAGUGAACUGAGUUGGUUAAAGACAUUACUAUGUGAUCUUCAAGUUUCUCACUCAAAGCCAAUGACACUUUACUGUGACAAUCGAGCAGCUCUGCAUAUUGCCAAUAAUCCUGUAUUCCAUGAACGAACAAAGCAUAUAGAGAUUGAUUGCCAUUUUGUUCGUGAACGUAUACAACGGAAAGACAUCCUUACUGCACAUAUUUCCUCACAGGAACAGCCAGCAGACAUCUUUACCAAAGCCUUAGGCCGUGAUCGCUUCCUUCAUCUAUUAUGCAAGUUGGGAAUUCGCGACCUUCAUUCUCCAACUUGAGGGGGAGUGUAGGAGAUCAUCACGGAGAAAAUCAAGCUUGUUGACAGAAAAGCAAUCAAUCAUUAUGAUAGAUUUAUUCCUUUGCUUUCUUGAUUUGUAUUUCCUUCUAUAUAAGAAUAGUUUUAGGCUAAACUUUUGUCAUUAACUUCCAUAUAAGCAAUGUAUUAUGUAUAGAGAAAUAUAUAGCUUUCAUCCAA